AUGGAAGCAUCCUUCUGUCUCCUCUCGGCACCAUUACCCACAACCCACAGCGACCAACACCACAUGCUCAUCAUCAUCAGUGACUACCGUCUCUGCCAAGAUACCGCAACUGCAAUUACCAUAUCCUUGCAAACACACGCACCUCCUCGAUCUCCUUACACGUCUUCAGAUGCCAUCGAAUUUCCCCCGUCUGUGCUAUGUUUCAAGUUGCCGUUCGCUCAUAUCCAUCCGAUCUGGGAAUCAUCACCUGCUGCCGCAAAACCCAGUCUCGCGCCGCUUUCUUCCCAGCUUCUUGACGAACUGUCCAAAGACCGCACUGAUAGCGUUCAGAUCAAAUGCACCGGCAAUGCUUCGGCUUGGGCAACUUCUGAGCUGGAAGAGACUUAUGCAAUGAUGACCCCGUCCGGCACGGCAUUGCACCUUGACCGAGCUUCAUUUGACAAGAUCUUACGCGACACUGUGGACACCAUUUGCGCAGGCUCCGUCUCGCUUGUCAAAAGCACAUUCAUUAGCAUCGACAAAGUCGACGACGACAACCACUUGGCUAUAUCGGUGAAAAUGGCGUCCGACGACAGAAAAGUGUACCACUCGAAAUGGGUUGUUGACGCAUGA